ACAACAUCUCCACUUACCUUUUCGAUCUUAUCCUUAUCUUCUUCCUUGUUCUAUUUCGCUUCUGAUCUCUCUCUAAAGUCUUCAUACAUCUUCUUGUUUAAGUUGUUAAGAUCUUUGUCUGAUAAUUCUAGAGUUAUUGCUAUUUGACCAACGAUAAAUGUCAAUGGACAGAGUCAUGAAAUGAGAAAUCUCAACCAAUUCUCGUUUCCUCGUUUAUCAUUCUGUAUCCGUCGUGAUUCUUCACUGGUUUUACGUAUUUUCUUGAACAAUUUUCUUCAUUUCUUGUUUUUUUUUUCUCGCAAAGUGUUAGGACAAAAAAAAAGCAUUAGGACAAAACAUGGCAAACGCUGAGAAGACAAGUUCAGGUUCCGACAUAGACGAGAAGAAGAGGAAACGCAAGUUGUCAAACCGCGAAUCUGCUAGGAGAUCGCGUCUCAAGAAACAGAAGAUGAUGGAAGACACGAUCCACGAGAUCUCGACUCUCGAGAGACGAAUCAAAGAGUACAGCGAGAGAUGCAAAGUGGCGAGACGGAGGCUUGACUCGGUCGAGUCGGAAAACGCGGCUUUGAGAUCGGAGAAGACGUGGCUUUCAAGCUACGUGAGAGAUUUAGAGAAAAUGAUUGAUACGACGACUUCCUUAACGCUGACGCAGAGUGGCGGCGAUGAUCAGAACGCAAACGCGGAUGGAGAUUGUAGGCGUAGACCAUGGCAGCAGUAUGGUUGUGAUUCUCUACAACCAGUUGCGUCCUUCAAGACAUGAGCUUGGUGCGUUUAGUUCUCUACAACCAGUUGCGUCCUUCAAGAAAUGAGCUUUGUGUGUUUAGUUUGUGAUUUUGUGACCAUUUUAUGAUUUGUAUCUUUCAUAUUGAAUUGUUUUCUCCUUCCUGGAGAUACACAAUUGUAUGUGUGUUACAAAAAAAAAAAAGGAGAUACACAAUUGUUUUUACUUUA